AUGCCGACGACCGACCCUGCGUACUUCAGAGCCGUGCCCUGGUGUGCCGCUCUCCUGUCUGAUCCAGAAUACAUCGUCGUUCCCUCUCGGUUCGGUCGGCCCAUGAAGGAUGGGAGAGGCGAGUUCUUCACCAAGACUCUGGCAACAGACACCACGAUCACCGCCUGCAUAUGUCAAACACGCAGAGCCGACCGCAACAACAACGGGCAUCAGAACUCGGCGGCCGAGACCACGGCCACGGCAUCAGUCCCCCAGCCAACUGUAUCGGAAGUCCGUGCAUUCUUGUCCACAGGCCCGGGGGUCAAUGGGCAUCCUGGCAUUGCGCACGGUGGAUUCGUCGCCGCGAUAAUCGACGAGAUUAUGGGCUUCUUGAUCAACAGCAACAGAGCGACGACUGAGACGGCAGGUAUCCCACCUGACGGAUCAGCCAAUCCGGCCUAUGCCGACCAGCAAGCCGUGCCCAUGACGGAGCCCGGAGCCAUAUCGAUCAUGACAGCAGAGCUGACGACGAAAUAUCGGAGACCCGUCCCGACAGGAGUACCGUUGCUGGUGCGGACUUGGAUCGAGAAAACCGAGGGACGGAAGAUCUUCGUGAGGGCAACGGUCGAGGCCGAGGAUCGUCAAAUAUUGACCGAGGGCGUUGGUCUCUUUGUCGCAUUGAAGCCGGGAACCAGGGCGUCUACGGCGAGGAAGACAAACGCAAAACUAUAG